AGUCAUUUUGCAGAGAUGUCUUCUCAACGACCCCUAUGGGUCCGCGGGCCUCAGCUUGAGAACCAUGUGGCCUAGACACUAGUAAGUAAUGUCUCUGGUCCUUUUUAGAUUCUCGGCUUUAGGCUUCAUAUCGCGGUGAAGAGGAAUGUCUGGAGCGCUCCCCUGUCAUCAGACUGUCUGUCCAACCGGACACGGAGCACCAUCUCUGCCCGGAGGACUGAGGAAUCCUGGGAGGCUCCGUCUCUCUGCCGUUUCUUUCAGACACCAGAUGUAAACUUAAACCUGCCGGUUCAGCUAUGAAGACAGGGCAAAGCUGUGUGGAGACACCGGCGCCUCUCCGGGAGGUCAAAGAUUUGCUCCAGAAACUGGCGCGCGGAGAAGAGGAUGUCCCGGAGAAGCAAGACGAAAGCAAAUACGUUGAUUUGGGGUUAGCGGACGUGAACACAGGCGGAGAAAAAUUGGGGAAAGACUGUCACUUUGGUGAAAAAACCCAAAUGUCUGUCCUUAUUGAGAGCAGUGGUGCCGGGGCUCUGCGCGCAACGGAACCAAACCAUGAGCUGGCGAUUAAAACCAAUGCUGAAACUGAGAAGAACAAGGAGUCUGGAGUUGGGAAAUGUGCAGAAGAUGUCAAAGAGGGUCCCUCUGAUCCAUCAUCGUUGUCAGAUCUCCCUUGUCUUAACGCAAAAUCAGAGGAUUGCCUCCAAACAGGAGACAAAGGAGAGCGCGCCAUGACGCAGGCCGAGGUGUCCAAAGAAGAAGACAACAACAAAAACACACCAAAAGAUAAGGAAUUACACGGUAGUGAUAACUACCUGAGCGAGGAAAGUGAGUCGGAUAAUUGUGAGGAUGAUGAUGAUGAUGUUAGUUUGGUGCUUUCCGACGACUGCCUCCCGUGCGUAACGGAGGACGAGUCCCAUUACAUUACCACGCACGAGAUCCAGCUCUCAGAGCUCUCUGACCAUGGGGAGGAUUACGACCUCGGGGUGGGCUCCUCCACCAGCUGGGACAUUGAGGAUGACAACCAGGUGUACUCUUUUGUCGAUUACGCUUCUUUUGACGGUGAUGGAACGGUGGGGCAGAGGGGGGGCGGCCACGAGCCUUGCUCUCAGGGCGCAACAGCAGUCAGCACUCUGCUUGAAAGUGAUCUGUGCGACGCGGCCAAGUUCACCAGCUCAGAUGAGAGUGUGUCAAAGCCCCAGCAGCAGCAGUGCAGUGGCAACAGUGCGGGACAGAUCCACCUGUCAAUCAGAACCACUUCUCGAGCUAUAAAUGACCCUAGCAACAUCCAAGAACAGGGAAAUAUCCUUUAUCAUGCCAGGCGCUCCGGAGACAUGAGCCGUUAUGUGUUUAGGGGUGUUGAUGGAAAGGCAGAAACGUUGUGUGACAGGGCGAAGUGCUUCAUAGCCGCGCCCGGACGCUUACACUUUGGCCGCAAAUUGAGGGGAAAAGAGGUCACCGAGUAUUCUAGCGGUGCGUCCAGCGCUGUCAGCGACCUGGACGACGCUGACAAGGAGGUGCGCAACCUGACAGCCAAAGCCUUCAAGAGCCUGGCUUAUCCUUAUUUUGAUGCUAUUAAUUUCAGCACUUCCAGUGAGUCAUCUGCAUCAGAGCAUGGGAAGGGGAUAAACAGGUGGUCCACGUUUGUCGACCUGAAAUAUGGCAACAUGAAUAUGUCACAGGGACUGGACCAAAGUGUCGUUUCCCAUCAAAACUCAACGGCCUCAUUUGAAAUAGCCAAAAAUAUAGACAAUAGAGGUUAUAAGGGUAUUGCACUGGCAAACAUCAAACCGCCCACCAGCAAGAUCUUCACUCUGAAUGGCAACCCCCACAGCGCAUCAUCAUCUACAAAGCAAAUAGAACUGAUGGGGAAAUUCAGUCAGGGCCAGAGUGGAGUGAUCCGACUCACAGAGACUCUGAAUUUUCGUUGCAAUGUCAAAUCAGGAAUGUCUGGGGGAGAAAGGCACACUAACUUUGCACAAAACGCUGCAGGAUCACGUUCCACGUAUGAGGUUACCAACAGUUUGCCAAGCAGCCUGAGCAGAGGGGCCAGCAAGCUGCCCUCCAAAACCAUGGAUGACACACAGAAGAAAGCCAUAUUCGCCUCGAGUCUGAUCAAAAAUGUGAUUUCUAAGAAGAUGCAGUUCGAGCAGGAGCGCAAGAUGGAAAGAGGGGAGAUAAGUGAGCCGCCUUCCUCGUGCGCUGUGCACCAGGACAGCGACAGGGAGAGAAGCAGCAGGCAGCUGCAGAGACAGAGCUCCAAGUUUUCCGAGAGCAGCUCUGACUACGUUAUUAUGUGCGUGGAUGAAUUAGGGGACAUCGUGGACAGCGGCUCAUGUGAUAGCAAGAGCAACUCUCGAAGACAUGACACGACCGCUCCCGCACCAGGAACUAAUUUGGAACCAGCGAUUGAAGCUGGAAUCGAUACUAAAAAAGGCGCAUUGGAAGCGUCUAAAAGCACGCUGCUUCGCAGCCAAAAUAGCGCAUUCAGAUGCUGGAAGGACGAGGAGCUAGAGUUUCAAAAGGAUCAUAAAAACGAUAAAACUCGGGAGAAGUCGCUUUCAGCUAACGACAAAGAGGGUGACGGAGAUCAGUACUCAGCGAGCAGCGGUAAACCGACUAAAAUGUCACAUUUGUUUGUGCCAAGUAUCCAACUGCUGCCCAGUGACGGAGAAGUCGGACAGCAGCUGCAGAACAGGAAUUAUUCUCCAAAUGGAGAUGAAGGAGGGACACAACUGCGCUCUGACAACACGUUAUACAUCGCAGACUCCAGGAGCGUGGCCACAUCUAAAUCUCCGGAAAUUAAAAUUAACUUAAGGAGCGUCAGGGACAAUAAAACUGAGCCUUUCGGCGUCUCCAAAUUGCGCGCUCCUAAUAUAGGCUGUAACGCAGCCAGCCUCAUCAGAACAGAUGACUUCAAAUGCCAAGCUCUGGCUGCAGCUCUGAAGGGUGAGUCGUCAGAUAAAGUGCCGCAUUUCAUGGUCAGAGACAUUCGAGAUAAUAAAGGAAAGCUGCAGACGCCCAUACACCAAGUGAGAGACGUGCGUAAACUGGUUAAAAGUUCCUAUCACUUUGUUUCUUUGGAUAACAACGAAAAUAAAUCCAACUUUUUAUCUGCUGACGGCCAUUCAGAGCAAAAGAAGCAAAUGUCCCAUCGAAAUCCUAAUUCUGUGUCACCUAUAGUGAUCAAAUGUCAGUCUGUGAAUACAAACAGUAACGGAAAACAUGCUGGGAAUCUUACUGAGUUAUCUAACCUGGAGCCGUUUGACACGGACAGAUCGUCGCCAGAGGGCGCUAAAAGUGCUCCAGUGCAAAGAGCAGCAGGGAAAGCACCCAUAGGUAACUCAAAUAAUACCUCAGAUGGAGCCAGUGGAUUGAGAAUUGAAAGUGGAACGGCUCCAAAGUUACAGGAAAAAAUAUCAGAUAUCACAGAUAAGAAAACUGAGUCAAAGAUGACAAACCAGGGAGCUUUAGAAAAACUGCAGGCUGCUGUGAAAACCAUGGAGCAACUGUAUUCAUUUGAAAGGAAUGAAUGGAAAAGGAAGAAUGAGCCCCAGCUCCUGACAGACAGCCAUGUGCUUUCACUGAUAGCCAGUGAGGAGCAUAUGGGACCUGAGGAGGAAGGAGCAAGAGGGUCUAACAUGGACAAGAUGGUCAGAAGAGACUCCUACCCCAACAAUGACAGGACGCCACCAGCGGCAGCAGCGUCCCCUAGCACUGACUGCCUGCUGAGGCGAGAGGAUAAAGACCCCCCCGUGGUCCUACAGACUCCUGCCAGCCGUGAUGACAAGCUUGUUACAAGGUCAAUGCCAGCCACCAGCACCACAGGGAACAAAAACAUGUUCAGCCUCAGCUCAAGCCUCAAGGCCUCCACAUCAGCAAAGACGCCCCAGCCAAACACCAUCACACAAACACCUUUUAGCCCCAAAAGCUUCGUGCCAAAGUCUCCAAAAUUGCCUGUGUCCUUAAAAAUCAGCCAGACAAAACUGAGUGGAAAUGAAGGAGCUGAAUUUAAGGAAGUAGAGAGGUCCACACAGGAUCUCUUGAGCGCCUCGGCCGACAAUGAGAACUACCUAACCAUUCCGGUCAAGUCUCACGCCAGCAGCAACAAACAAACCUCAUCUGCUGAUAAAACAUCCAUGUACACAUUUACCACCCAGACACAACCAACCACUCCUUCAGGACACUUGGCAUCCAGCACCAGGGGCUUGGAAGACCACAACCAGACCCCUAAACGCUCCAGCAUUGUGAUGGACACACGCUCACCAGAGGUCCCAUCUGCCACCAUCUAUCACUCUUUGCCACUGGGCAUGACUGCCAGUCAGCCUCAGGUGUACUGCUUCUCACCAGCAAUCACCCCUGCUCCCACCCUGGACCCCUUCCAGGCAACCCAGAGGAAGAUGCUCCUGGAUCCCACUACUGGAAACUACUAUCUGGUGGACACUCCUGUGCAGCCAGCCACUAAGCGCCUCUUUGACCCUGAAACAGGCCAGUAUGUGGACGUGCCCAUGCCGCAACCUCCUAUGACCCCAGUGCCCAUGCCCAUCUCACCUCUGGCUCUCAGUCCAGGAGCAUAUGGACACACCUACAUGAUCUACCCAGGCUUCAUGCCGACACCUUCCGUGAUUCCGGCCCGGACACUGGUGCAGUCGCAGAUAUCAAUGCAGUCAGAGGCGGAGAGCAGAGAAAAAGCCUUGUCGCAGCAGACAGAGGGCAUGUACAUGGAGAGUCCCUUCUACAUGGCCACUGGAAAAUCUCCCCAGGCGGCCUCUGGGGCUCAACAGCAGGCUGCUGGCAACAGGCUACCGCAGGGCUUCUCCAGCGUCAAGCAGCCGGUCAUCAGCAUCACCUCCCAGCAGGGGCCCCGGAUCAUAGCUCCGCCCUCGUUUGAUGGGACCACCAUGAGUUUCGUGGUGGAGCACAGAUGAAGGGCAGCUUUACUGGACAGGGCUGAGCUGUGAGGGGAUGCUGGACUGUUCUGGGCUUCGAUAUCUUCAUUUUGCUAUUUGUUUAUUGUAUUGGCUGGAGGUGAUGGAUCUGGUUCCUUGUCUAAAAGGGCUCCUUUACAUCCUGUGUCACCUUUUUAAAAAAAUACAAGAUAUGUAUAAAGUAUGUAAUUUUUGUUUUAUAAUGCCACAUUGUAGAAAAUUGAAAGACUCUAGCACUGACUUUGCUAACACAGUAAUUGCAACUCAUUCUGAGAUUGUCAGAUACAGAGGCUUUGUCCUGCCCCUUGGCGUGUCAUAGCAGCGCACAGGGCACACUUUACUGUCUCUAUAUGAUGCACAGCUGAAACAUAUUGUUACACAUGGUUAAUGAGUGAAACAGUUGUGGUUAGGUGUGGGCAACAAAAGUACUUGGUUAGGUUUAGAAAGAAAGAUCAUAUUUUGGGUUUAAAGAAGUAUGUUGGUCAUGUUACUUAAGAAGAUGUAGGUAUGUAGGUGAUGUAAUGUUACAUUAAAACAACCUUGAUUUUUGGUUUCAGUUUUGGUUUGUAGUUUCCUGGGUGAUAUGUUUUUCUUUGACCCAUCCACCACUUGUCCCUCCCACACAUACGCUCAUUAAACCACAUCAGCUGCUGAUGACUGGGUUUACCUUGGAGUUUCUUGAAAGCUGCAUCUGAUAAAAAUGCUAAAGGGUACCUUUGGCAUUGAUAUCACAUGCUGAGGGGCGUGACAAACAUUGGCAUUUGAUAACUUGGGAAUGAGAACAGACUGGUAAUCAAUCACCCCCUAAUCUAUCAGGGUUAAACUCUGAAAAUUGUCAGAUUAUGUUGUUUUUUGUGAUUUUUGUUAUCUAUGUCAUUUUACAACAUAUUGCAUAAUCAUUUUUUUGAUGACGAUAGUUGCCAAUUAAC